UUUGUUCUUGUCAUUUCUACCUAUUGUAGCUUGAAUAAUAAAACAAGAUUAAAUAGUGGAUCAAUCAAUUGUGAAAAUUUUUCCGGUGAAAUUCAUAAUAUUUAAAGAAGAUAACCCCUUUGUGUUAUCAGUCCCUAUUCUUAACAAACAAACAAAAUAAUCAUGUCCAUAAGAACACCUUAUGAACAUUUACGUACAUUUUGCUUACAGUUAUCAAAAUAUAUUCCAGAAAUUCAAUUACAACCACCGCAUACAAUUAAAAAUUACGGAAAUUGUCCAUAUUUUUAUAAAUUUCGUCUUGGGACAAAAGACUUGGUUGAAAAGUUCAAUGGUGAUAUAUUACCAUCGUCUAAUAAUACUUAUAGACUUUCAAAUAUACCGAGAGAAUCGAUUGGCACACGUUCAGACGUGAUGAAAUCACAAGAUUUUCAGUGGUUAAUGAAUAAAAAGUUAACAUGUGUUUUAUUAUGGCUAGGUGUAAUCAUUUUAAUUGUUGGAGUAAUUGCAUUACAGAUUGCUAGUUUUUUCUUACAUAAACGACAAGACAUAUUGUCGAUCGGGGUUGGAUGUUUAAGUUCUGGUCUUUGGCUUCUCUCUGUCACAUUAUUCACUUUUCUUCAUGCUCAUGUCUUUAUUUAUGAAAUACCUGAUGAUAAUAUCGAUGAUCACGAAGAUGUAGUUACUAGGAGAAAAGAGAACCAAACAUUUAUCACUGAAGAUGAAUUUGAGUGUAGAACAACGGAAAAAGUGAUAAUGGAUCAUUCAUCUUGA